CGAGAGUGACAGACAGGAGGAGGAAGAGGAGAAGGAGGCUCUUCAUCAUCAGCGUGAAGAGCAAGAAAAUAGAGAAUUUAAAGACCGGAGACAUUUCCUCUCGUGGUCCUAGAGGCACGUGCUGUCUGGAUUGAUUUACAGAUUCUGCAUUUUUAAAGGAAUCUCCACCUCAGACCAGCCCUCCUCCCCCCCCAUCCCCCCUCUCAGCUCUUCAACCUCAUCCUGUCUGCUUUGUCUCCAGUCUCUCCCCUCGACAAUGACAUCCUCGCCGCAUGGCUCUCGUGCCUCCAUGGACAUCCUGGAGGAGCUGCAGCUCAUCGCUGCUCAGAACCUGGAGAAGUUGGACAUCAACAAAUACUACGAGGUGGUGUGUGAGCUGGGCAAGGGCACCUACGGGAAAGUGGACCUGGUCAUACACAAGAUCCGAGGCACUAAAAUGGCGCUGAAGUUUCUGAGGAAGAAGACGACGAAACUGAAGAGCUUCUUGAGGGAGUACAGCGUGUCGCUCUACCUGUCGCCCUGCCCCUUCAUCAUCAACAUGUUCGGCAUCGCCUUCGAAACGGAUGAGUACUACAUCUUUGCUCAGGAGUACGCCCUCGCUGGAGAUCUGUUCGACAUCAUCCCGCCUCAGGUCGGACUCCAGGAGACGGUGGCAAAGCGGUGCGUCCACCAGGUGGCGAUCGCCCUCGACUACCUGCACUGUAAGAAGCUGGUCCACCGAGACAUCAAACCCGAGAACGUCCUCAUAUUCGACAAAGAGUGCAGGAAGGUCAAGCUGUCCGACUUCGGCAUGACGCGGCGCGCCGGCUCUCCGGUGAAGCGCGUCAGCGGCACGAUCCCCUACACGGCGCCGGAGCUGUGCGACACCUCGCAGCAGGACGGUUUCUACGUGGACUUCAGCACGGACGUGUGGGCGUUCGGCGUGCUGCUGUUCUGCAUGCUGACGGGGAACUUCCCCUGGGAGAAGGCGAUGCCCGGCGACGCCUUCUACGAGGAGUUUGUGCGCUGGCAGCGGCGGCGGACCGCCUCGGUGCCGUCGCAGUGGCGUCGCUUCACCGACGACGCUCUGCGGAUGUUUCGCCGGCUCCUCUCAGUCGAGCAGGAGCGCCGCUGCUGCGUGAAAGAUGUCUUCAACUUCUUUAACCACAACUGGAUGCUGGACACGGAGAACAGGAACAGUGGCGGCGGCGGCGGCGGUUUGGCAAACAGCGUUCUUCCUCUGGACAUCAGCUCGUCGUCUUCUGAGGAGGAGGGGUUAGUAGACCGUCUGAUGCAGCAGAGUCUGUCCCCUUCAUGUGUGGCAUCAAAGACCAGCAUCAUGAUGGACACCCACUAUUCCUCCAUGUCUGCCAACAGCUCGCAAUCGUCCCCCGGCAGCUACGAGCGAGUCAACCGAGAAAACAACGAGCGAGGGCGCAUCCUGGUGACCACGCCCAUAGAGAUCUGUGUGUAGAGGUGCUGAUCGUACCUCAGAAAACAUUAGCAUGUACGCAAUCCUCGGUGGGGUUACAGGAAGUCCGGUCAACACUGGAGGCUGAAAAAGAAAACGUCUCCAUGAAAAAAAAAAGAGGAGACACAUGACGGAGCGAAGCGGCGUUCAGCGUCCGCCGUGCGAGGUUGAAGCUUCACUUUGGAUCGACUCAUAUCUGAUGACGACGAGCUCUGAGGAGACGAGCGGAGAGACGAGCCCGAGAAUCCCGUCUGUGGUUUAAAAAACGACUGUUCACAAGACCGUGUGCUUAAGUGCGUCAGUGAUUCAGUUGUACUUUGGAAGAAUCUUGAAGUCUGUUUUAAAAAAUUAAAGUGUGAAAAAAAGCAAAAAAAAAAUCCUCGUAAUCAGAAGCAAUAUGUUGAAAUGUUUUAAAUUAUUGAGUUGUGGCAAAAACGUCAUCUGAGAAGAAGAAGAAGAAACGUUUUCAGUCAAAUUGAUUUCUGUGGCUGGUGGCUCUGUUGUUGUUGUUGUGUGUUAUCAUGAAAUGUGUUCUGUUUGUAGGUUUCUGUCUGUUAAAUGUGUUCUUCCUGUGUGUGUUUCUUUUGUUUGGUAUUUUUUAAAUUGGAAUUAAAUUAUUUAUUUAUUCAUUUCGAUGUUAUAUUUAUGAUUUUUUUUUUUUUCACCUGAGGUCACCUGAGGUCAGAAAUCAGUUUUUUUUAUUUCUCUCAGUGAAGUUAAAUUCUGUAGAAAUGUAAAUGUCUGUAGAAUCAGGUGAUUUUUGGCGUUACUGACCGACAUUUUAAUUAUUAUUUUUAUUUUUAUUUUUAUU